CGUCUUUAUCUAAGAUGGUGGCGAUGGCGAUGGCGAUGCGAGCGGCCGGUCUGUGAGUGCCACCGGCCAGCCAAUGGUGGGACCCAGUUCAACCGAGCCCGAGGCGGGAGUUGACCCGGGGGCACCGAACGGCUCGGGAUGCGCGGCUGCCAUCGUCACGCCGCUGCUCGACGCAGACAAGGAGGUGAAAAAGCUGCAGGACCUGGUCAAAAAGCUGGAGUUGCAGAACGAGCAGCUCCGGUGUCGGAGCGGCCGCGGCCGCGGGGGGAAGGCGCUCACCGGCGGCGGGGACAGGCCGCCCCCUCCGGCCAACGGCGAUCUGAUCGAGCGCGCCCCUGAUGUCCUGGACGUGGAGCUGGGUCCCGGUGACCCGCUUCUGGCCGACUGCGAGGCAUUGUUGAGCAACGUCCUCCCCGGGGUGGCCAGGUGCUACUCGGAGGGGGGUGAAGAGCAGCCGCCGCCGGUUUAUCUGGAGGAGGAUAUCCUGGAGCUGGAACCGGACUUCGGGACUGUGGAAGAAGACAGCUGGUUAUAUGUUUCACCAAAGAAGACAGCAACAACAGAUGCAAACCAGAAGGCACAAAGUCCUCUCAAAUGGUGCAGGCAGGUGCUUGAUCAUCCUAGCCGAGAGACUGAAGCUGCUUGCCGCAGUCUCAUGUGCAGACUUGAUCAAGCCAACAGAUGGAGAAACAUCUAUUGCACUCCGUUUGCUUCAACCUGUGCUUAUAGCAACAAUACAGAUGUCACUUCGUGUAGCAAUCUCUCAAACUCUUCUGGUUUCCUCAAAACAUCUACUAAACCAGUACUAACCUAUGGCAGUUCAGGUUAUCCAAAUAUUCACUCAGCACUAAGUUCCCAGUCAUCCAUUGACAGUGAGUUGAGCACUUCUGAUGACUCCAUCUCCAUGGGGUAUAAAUUGCAAGAUUUGACAGAUGUCCAGAUAAUGGCUCGAUUACAGGAAGAAAGUCUCCGUCAGGACUAUGCUUCUAGUUCAGCAUCUGCAUCCCGCCGCAGCUCUAGUGCCUCAUUAAAUUCCCUCCGGAGAGGUACUUACAGUGAUCAGGAAUUUGACACUUACAGUUUGGAUGAUGAUGAUGAAUAUGAUUACUCAUUACCCCAGCACAGUGUGCAUAGAUAUUCACCUUCUCCACGAAAUUCACCUCGAUCGCAGUCUCCAGUUCGUGGCGCAGCAACUGCGGGCAGAGUUCGGCCUUCACGGCGCUGUUUGCAGGGUCGUGUAUCGGAGCUGAUGAAUUAUACAAAAAAUCAAGAGGAAAUGCGUCGUAGUAUGCCCAAUCUGGCCAAGUCUGGAAUUCGCUCCUCUGAUUCGGGUAGAAACAGUCGAAGCUUUGAAUCUAAUUUGCAAAUACCCAGCAGUCGAAUUUCACGAUUGCAGCAGUCUUCGGCUGGUUCUUCUGGUAAGCUCAGGUACACUACUGGGAACAGUGGCCAGAUUUCUCCCUCCAGCAGACAGUCAGUGAAAGCUAUUGCAAAUAGUAAUUCUCCCUUGACAACAAGGCAUCCAGUGAAAACAGGAUACCCAUGUUCUGGGAGUACUGUUCGUAGAAUCCAGUCUCCAACUUGUUCAAGCAUUUCUUCACCUACUGGCAUUGCCACGAAUGGAAGAUCUUCUAGUUCAGCUCCUGUUCCUAGGAGCAUCCCUACUAAGUCACGGGUUGCUAGCACUUGCACUCCUACUUCCACAGUUUCCAAGACCAAGCUUUUGCAGCCAUCAAGAAGGACACUGCAACUCCCGAAGACACACAGCACUGUGACAGAAGACAAAUGGAAAGAAGGCUGUUAUUGAGGAAAGCCCAAAGAUUCACAAACUGCUGGCACCUGAUGAAGUGAAAGCCCAGCUGGCUGGGCAGAAGUCCAAUUUAAAUCAAACGAGAGAAAAAUUCAGUUUCUGGUAAUGAACAAUAUUUUGUAAAGACAGGUUUUAGACGUCAGAGACUGUCUGUGCCAGGAUUCUGCCUCCUGGGCUCCUGUUGAUUGCAUCAUCAGUCCAGUUAUAUGAAGUCAGAUUGGGUCAUGUAGGUAUCUUUAAAUCUAGUUUACAUAUUUAUGCAUUGCAAAUCCAAACUCUCCAAACUGAUCUUGAACUUGAGGUAAAAUUAUGUACUACUCAAUCUUUUAAAUAGCGAAGUCAAUCACAAUUUGUUUUGAUGCUUUAACAUCUAAUUUCUUUAUCAUUCCUUUCUUAAAUCAAUGCACAACAGAAGAAGGCAAAAAAAUGAGAUCAGUGUUUGGAGAUGUCUGUAGUUGCCAAGUGCUUGAACAUUCCUUUGCUCAGUUCUAUUCAAAGGCUUGCAAUUUAUUUAAAGAUUGGUUCAUAAGAGCCACAGCAUUGUUUUUUUGUAUGCGGUAAUGUUGCAAUUGAUCAAACCAUAUUGCAUGAACAUUAGGAGUCUAUCUUUCUCAAGUACUUGUUGCAUUCUGCAGGAGCAGCUGAGAACAUUGUUCAACUUUGUAAGUUGAGUAUCUAAUAUCCUUACAGCGCUCCAAAUGUUUAACUAAACUUGCCUACUCCCUUAAGGCGGUGCUUACCAAUAAUUUUUUUUCAACAAAGAAUCCAUUUUAAUGACUUGUGGUUCAAGUGAAAGUUUGGAUGUGGGGAUUUAGGGGGUAUGGAUUAAUGAAUGGGAUCCCACAUGGUGGAUAUUUAUUGGUGGGGUAUAGUGUUUAAAACUGCUGAGAAAAUUUCACACUCACUUUUUAUUGACUGUGGUUCAGAGGCAUUUGAGCCUCCAAACAGGCCACGAGGGCAUGUCUACCAACAGGAAAUAAAACCAGUUAAAAGGGGACCUUAAAGCUGUCAAAAUACAGUUCACGUUUUGCAGCCACCUUUGCCUCGAAGCUUGUCACCCCAAAAUCUUGUGAACUCACUAGGUGUCAGUUUGGAAUGUCCCUACCCCACGGUACAAAAACAUACACCCAAGCGUGUUGAAGUGAAAAUUUAACCAGUAUUUCUUGUGAUGUGGUGCAGUAAGUUUAAAAGUUUCAAGAACAUUAAGUUACUGAUCCUGUCAACUACUCCACUAAAUCUACUGUAACAUUUGAAAUGAUGUAAUAGAUCCUGUGUUCUGUGGUGGUGGUGAUCAAUUGCUGUUAGUUAUUCUUCCACAGUUUCCAGCUACUGCUAAUUUGCCUGCUGUACCAAAAAUCAACUGACUUUUUUUUUACCUCGUGCAAAGAUACUGCCUGUGCACAGAAGGUCAAAUGUCUUAUGUUUGCACAGUGAAUGUUUGAUCUCUGGACAUCUUUUCAACUGAAAGAGAAAUUGACUGCAUUGUAGUUGCAUGGCACCUGAUGUGAAGUUGGAAUGCUUCAGGAGAAGAUGAAUUGAGAUAACUCUUGUAAAACCUAGAAUAUUUGAUUGGGAAAGGGUAAAGAAAAAAUCAGCCCAUCAGUCUCAAUAUUUCUGUAUGAAAUUGAAGUUUUCAGUUAAUUUAAAUAAUUCCAAAAGAGAACAUUUUGAGCAGUAAGUAGUCUAUAGCAAGUUUCAAUAAUAAACUGCUAAAUACAGGUACACAAUCCUUUAUCCAAAAUCUUCGGGGCCGGUUUUUCGGAUUUCAGAAUAAAUGACACUUUCACAGUGAAAUAAAAAAAAAUUACCGAACAGCAGACCCAUGUGUAACCAGUACAAGUGCUAAGAUGCAGUUGACGCCUGCCAGUGCUGGGCCAUGCCAUCAUGUCACAUUUGAGUGACGUGAGUUGAGUUUGGUCACCUGUUCGCACACCAAACAACCUUGAUAUGCAGAAAAAAACUUUACAAUAAAAACGCCGGAUUUUGGAAUUUGAGAUAAAGGAUUGUGUACCAGUACUAUACUUUUAAAUUAGCAGUAUACCCCAUUUAUAUACAAUUUACCUGGUUGGUUGAUUCAAUUACUCUAUUUCUUGGAGUGAGAGAAAGUAUCAGUUACAUACUGGUCAGCAGCAAACUGGUUGAAGUGUGGGAUUGAAUCUUCAAAAUAUGUUUCUUAUGCAACUAAUCCCCGUAAGUUAGUAGUAAGGUCUGUGCUGUGAUGUGAAUUUUACAAUUGCCAUUCUCAAGCAGCUGAUUUACCCAACUAGCUUGUUUUGAAUUUUAGUUCUUAAAGGACAUUAUUGAAGAACUUUUGAAUUUGUGAUUACGGAGUCUUUAUAAGAUAGAAGUGUUAACAGUCUGUUUAUAUUCAGUUGUAGACUAGCAUGAAGUCAUGUAUGUGUUUUUAUUUCCUUCCUAUGCCAGCAUUGAUUGGGUAAGUGUC